UUGAGAUUUGAAUUUUGAAGUGGACGCCCGGCCAAUACGGACUGCUGCAGAAGAGCUGUCUUCCAAUUCAACCAUCACAGAUUGACAGAUUUUUGGACUUCAUGAUAUUAUGUAUAUUUCAAUGUUUCUACCACAAUAAAGUCAACAUCAAAAAAAUCACAGAAGUAUAGAUUACAGAAUACCGGUACUACGGUUCCUGUUGAAUCACUACUGACCACACACUGCAUAGGCACAGAAUUUAUUAAUAACCUACUUUGCAAGUUCAUAUAUCUUGAUAUUUCGUUAUUAGGAUGUCAGCGCACCAUUUGUUUUCUCUUUCUGACAUAUGCGCAACAUACCAAAUUUAUAUUUAGUAGAACCAACCCUGUGUUGUUCCUUAUAAUAUUAGAGUUCAAUUCACCCAUCACCAAACUUUAACCUAAGAACAUUACCUGUGCCCCUAAGUUGGUUUUUUAUGAUAUUUUAAUUUUUAUACAAUUCACAAACAUUUUUAAACUGUAAUAAUUAACACUCUCAUAUUUAUUAACUUACAUACAAAAUAAAAUAUUAUGGGAUAUCCAACGUAGAGACAAGGGUAAUGCUCUUAACUUAAAUUUUGUUAAUAGGUGAAUUCGCUCUAAUAUUAAAAUAAGUAACACAGGGUUGGCAAGUUUGCUAUAAUGCAUGGGGGCAGACAGAGAAAACAAAUAGUCCGCUGACAACCUCUUAAUACAAUUUUAUACUUUACCAGUGGACUGUGGCUCAAAUUAAUAAAUCAUGUCAAGGAUUGAAAAACAUUACUUAAGUUGUCCAUUUUUGUGUCAUUUGUGGUAUUUUUAUUUUUUAAUAAUAUGAAAUCAACAAGUUGAAAAACAUUGCAAUGAUUAAUAAAAUACUAAUAAUUGGGGUUUCAAACUGUUCAAUUUGUCAUAAAUUCAAUAUGUCUGUCAAACAAGAGCAUCCUUUAAUGAUAAAACCAGAAACAAAAAUAAACAUUAAGAAAAGUAAAAAUGAUGAAGAUUCUGAAAGGACUGAAACUCCAGAUAAUAAAGCUGAAGAAACAAAGAUAGUUAACACUGAAACAGAACCAGUUGUUGAAGAGAGGCCUAUUUUUGUGUGCAAAAACUGUAAUCUGACUGAACGAUAUGAUUGUUUUAACGACCACGUAUCAUUUAAUCGUAAGGUGGGAACAAAAGUUGAUUACUAUUUAGCGAGAGAUCCAUUUUCUCCACGCAGCAAAAGACAAUUUUUAAUUUUAGGAUCGGUAUGUUCUAUGUGUGAUAAAGACGUUUGCAUUAAACCUGAAUGCAGUAUAUUUUAUUCAAAGUUUUUUUGCUCUAUAUGUGCAAGAAAAUAUAUUUCAAAUUUUCCUACUAGUAUUCAAGAAAAAAUCAAAACUACGAAAAGAAUUUAGAAAACUCAACAAUUAUAGAUCAUUAUUAAUUUAUACAUUUUUUAAAAUGGUUUAAUUUUUGUAUUGUUUAUCUUUAUUAUAAACUUGAACAUGUAUAAAGAAGAUAUGUAUCAACUAUGUUUAAACUGCAAUCUUUUAUACAAUAAUAUUGUGAAUUAUUCUUAUUUUUUUUUUUUUAUAAUGACAGUUUAUUUUUAAUUGAAUUUGUAACUUUGUAAGAUAUCACAAAAGAUCUCAUAAAGUAGAAUAAAUAUAUUAUCAAUGUCUAUUAUUUUUUUCCAAUUUGGUUUUUUAGUAAUUAUAAGAAGAAGAAAAUAUAAAUAAUUUUAUUUUGCUGUUCUGUUAAUAUGACACUUGCAGCAAAAUUGUGGAUCUAAAUAUCUAAUAUAUUGCCUUUCCAGAAAUAUGUACUUAAUCCAACCUGCUACCUAUAUUCACCUAAUGGUCACUCUAAUAUAACACCUAGCUUCAAAUAUUAUUGCAAUAGUUGGUCCGUGUGGGUGUCUCAAUCAUUAUGUACACUCAUAUAAAUAUGUAAAUUGUACAUUUCAUUAACAAAUUGAGUUUUUGAGAUUUAGAUAACUGUUUCAAUAUUGAUGGUAUCAUCUUGAAAUAUUCAAGGUUCAAUGCAGUAUGCCUUAAUAUCGUGCAUGACACUAUAUAUAAUAGUAAUUCUCUAGUAUUAUCUAAUAUUAAGUAGGUAUAGAAUAGACUAUAUUAUAAUAUUAUACUGGGGGACCGGUCCAAUGUGUGAUCUACUGAUAAAUGGCUGGUCCAAUGUUUUGGGAGCAACAAAAUUUAACAUUAACGUCUUCAAAUGUAUAUGGAGGUUAUGUAAGUGGAAUCGAAUACAUCAUGUUUAUAUACACUUAUAAAGACCUAUGUCUCCGUUUCAUAAUGAUUUGAAAAGCCGUUUAAUUGAUACUGUUUUUAAAAUACAAAAUUAGUUUUUUUUUAUUUAUUAUUUUGGUUCAUUUUUUGGUAGGUAUAGGUUCCUUAGUAUAAGAAUUAGUAAAAAAUGUGUGAUCAAUUGAUUUAGUUUACAAAUAAGUCUUUGUUGAUUCCUGAAAGAUACUGGAAUGUCCUAAUUGGGGCAAUAGUUUGUUCUACCUAUUUAUGUAAAUCGUCUUGCCACCCGUAACUCCUAAGUCAUAAUUUCUACC